GCCAGAAAUCAGACGGGUUGGAGGCCAUCGCUAGUAGGUUGGCCAUUGGACGGCAGCUCGGCCGAGCUCGGCGGAGCUGCGAUGCUCUUGAAGGCCCACCAUGGCCCACCGAUCGACUUGGAUCCCGAAGAGGAUCCGACGGGGAGGACACGAAGAUGGGGAAAGAUCUUCGCGCCGCAGGACGAAUCGACCCGGACUUACAGAUCAGCUGGUGCAGUAGCACCGGUGACACCUUCUCCUGACUGGAGCACUUUGAGUGGAGAUGAUGCGAUGAGCAGCGAAGUACUCCGCGCUGCCAGAGCGGAAUGGCACGAAGCGCUUCUUUUGCUGCAGGCGUGCUUUGAGGACUACGACUUCCCAGCAGAGGCGAAAUCUAUAGGAGGCAGGGACGAGGAUGCGCCACGCUCCUCCUCAGAACCUCCUCGUUGCCGCUGUGGAAAGAACUGCAAGAAGUCGGAGGUGAGAAAGGAAGGCCCAACCAAGGGAAGGCCAUACUGGCACUGCGAGACACGCCGCUGUGGCUUCUUCUCUUGGGCAGAUUCAGACUCAAGGCGCAGCGAAAAGAUUUGGUGGCAGCGCUUUCCAGAUUUCCUGGUGGUCAGCGACUUCGGCUUCCGGGCGGAGGACCUGAAGCAAGGAGGCGUGGGAGACUGCUGGUUCCUUUCGGCGCUAGCCGUGGUCGCCCAACGACCAGAUCUGAUUUUGAGACUCUUUGGAGGCGAAACUGCAAGGAAUGCUGCUGGCUGCUACCAGAUCAAUUUGUUUCUGGACGGCGAGUGGAAGGCCGUGACCAUCGAUGAUCGCCUCCCUUGUACCGAUCAGCAGAGAAGGCCAGAUGGGAGUGGUUUAGCUUUUAGCCGUGCAGAUGGCCAGCAGCUGUGGGUACCAUUGCUUGAAAAAGCUUAUGCCAAGGCACACGGCUCAUACCGUGCCAUCAGUGGAGGAGAGAUUGCAGAGGCCCUUUUGGAUCUCACCGGCUGCCCAACCGAAAGCAUUGAUUUCGACGAGCCUGGCUUUGACCCUCAGGAGCUAUGGCGGAGGCUGCUGGAGUUUAAGGCCGCCGACUUCCCCAUGGGCUGUGCCACCGCAGGGAACCCUGAGCUCCGCGAGGUGGGUCUUUGUGGAAACCAUGCCUACAGCGUGCUGGAUGUGAGGGAAAUCUUCGAUCCACGCUUUAUGGGCAGGGAGUUGGGCUAUGGCGGAGCGCAACAGGAUGGCAUGGUACGCCUCCUGAGGAUCAGGAACCCACAUGGAGUGGGUGAGUGGAAUGGAGAGUGGAGUGACAAGUCUGCCGAGUGGACUGAAAGCCUUUCCAGUGAAUUGGGAUGCACUGGUGUGGACGAUGGCACCUUUUGGAUGGACUACAUGCAUUUCCUUAUGGCCUUUCAGGUAGUGGAUGUGUGCUUGGCACAUCGUGGCUGGCAUGCUGCCAGCUUCUCCAAUGCCUUUUGCGCGAAGAGUUCAGGGAGCCGGAUUUGCAAGAACAUGUACGAACUGCGCUGCGACCAGCCGACGACCCUCUACGCAAUGGCUUUACAGCCAACCAAAAGAGGUGCUUGGUGCCGGGAUGACCGGAAGAAGAGCUACAAACCAGGAGAUAUCAGCUUGCUGCUGAUGCGUCUCAGUCAGGCCGGCGAAUUCGAGCAGGUCAUUGGUGGCAAUUUCUUCUGCGCAGACAUCAUGGCCCGGCGCUGCAUUGAGGCCAAGCUGGAGGACCCCAGCAAGCGAUAUUUGUUGGUGGCCUUCUCCUUGGGUGCGGGUCCUGUAGCUCAUGGUGGAGAGGUCCGUGGCAGCGCUCCCUUCAAGAUGCGGCUCUUUUCAUCUCAGCCCCUAGGAGUUCGAGCAGUGGAGUCCGACCGGCACCCCCAGCUGGCAGCCAGCGCAUUGACUGGAUUUCAUACUGCGCCCUUGACCUUGAAUGCCGCCCCAGGGCGCCGCUUCCGUCGGCUGUUGCGCAGACCUGGCAGUAACCUUUGCCUCUUCCAGGUCACAGGCGAAGGUGCAGUUCUACUGCUGGGAGCCACAGAGUAAAGGGAAAACUGUGUCGCUGGAGCCCCAUCUAAACACGAGCCUGUUCACAAGGGUUCUUGCAGUUUCCGCAGGUAGCCGGGGAGGAGCAAUCUGUGCUCUCAAGUGGCUGGCGCUACCGAUUGUUUCCCCCCACAAGACCUCUCCACCAAGACCACACACACGAUAUCAAUCACCUCUUUCCUCAAGAAGAAGCUUCUGUCGGGCAGCCUACCCGAAGAAACAUACAUUUGUGAUGUUGAUAAUUCAGUUUUUACCAUUAUGCGUAACCAGAACCGCAAACGUUUGGCCCGAUACCAGUUGAAUUUUGAUAUAUCUUCAAAAACACUGCAAAACACAGCAUUUCGUAACUCUGAUGAGACCCCCCCAAGCUAACGCUUGGGAUUAAUCCUCCAGAAAAUUCUUACGGCUUGCACGACCCUCCACAACGCCUCGGCACCUUCUGUGCGGGCGGACUUGGUGGUAAGUCAGGCCAUUGGCAAAUUGGAGACGGCACACCCCUUUGAUCCUAGAACAGACAUUUUGUAAUAUAAUCUAUGUCCUAUGUAAGGGGAGAAAGAGAGAGAGAGAGAGAGCAAUGUUUUCGAGCUCUCCAGCCUAGCUUUAAAGUUGCGGGAGCGACUGGAGUGCGUUGGCAGUCCCACACUCUGGCUUUUGAGCCCAUGAUUUCGGCCAACCUUUGCUUUGACCUAACUUCUUGUCGGCUGCUAGCGUCGGCUUCCAUUAACGCAUGCGUAAAGGUAAAACUUGCAAACCAACUGUGUUUGCAGACGGAUGCCUUAUGCUAGUGAUGUGAGUGUGGCCGCCGCCUCCUCCAAUGAGCCUGCACCUUGGAAUCCAUGAUGGACAAGAACUUUGCAGCCGCUUAUGCCGCCGGCCUUUUGUGGCACGCCGAGGAUUGAAGAUGUUGGGCUCCGUGUGGAAUUCGCGCAGAGCGCAUGGGAAAUGAUCGUAAAAGAGAGAGAGAGAGAGGGAGAGAGAGAGAGACAGAAAGAAAGAAAGAAAGAAAAAGAAAGAAAAAAGAACGAAAGAAAGAAUAAAAAAACACACGAACUGUAGAAAAAUUGCUCAGCCUGCAAAUAGGAAGAUGUUGUCAGGCUGUGCCGCCUUUCGGCUUUUGUUUCAGUGUUUCUAAAGCAUACAGUGUUCCGACUGAGACAUACUUUGAAGUUGCAUGUUCCUGUGUUGGCACCAGAGCAACGCCGACCGCGGGACUUGUGUUACACUGGGCACCAACGAGGUUGUGGAAUGCGUUAGAGGAGGAUUGUAGUGCUACCAUUCAUACGUACGCACGGUUUGUGUGGUGUGAAUGUGAAAUGCUGGAGCUGCUUUCAAGACAGUUUGCCACAUGGAAGUUCUGACACUGUGCCCUUUUGUUUGUUAUCCGAACCAGUUCACGAAAGGUAGCCCUUUAGGGGAUACCUUGAGUUUGUCUUGCGAAGCAAGUGUUGGGACGUCCGGGUCUAAUAAUUGAUCGCUCAAUUCAG